AGAGGCAGAGGUGUGAAUGAGUUAGACAGAGAAAGAAAGGCAGAGCUGGAAACUAAUAGCAGGUUUUCCGUUUCAUAUCGUUUGUGCUAGAAUUGAAAGUGGGAAAUAGAUUACAACAUAUCCGGGCGAGAGAGAGAGAGAGAGAAAGAGAAAAGAAUAGGAGAGCACCCUGUAAUUUCUUUUUUAUAGACGGGUUUGCCAAACGUUUCAGUCCGAGUUAAGCAGGUUCUCUAAAGGGACACCGAGGAACGCGGGUUGCAAUGAUACGGAUUUUGGUUACAUUGCUCUCCGUGGUGUCCAUCACCGGGAUGGCGGAAGGCGCUCGUGCGGUGCACGGAAUGAGUAUGUUCGCGGCUCAAUCCUCCCCUCCGGACCCGUGUUACGAUGAGAACGGCAACCCCAGACGAUGCAUCCCCGACUUCGUGAACUCCGCGUUCGGCAAGGACGUGCGCGUCUCCAGCACCUGCGGCACACCCGCGUCCAGGUACUGCGUGGUGACCGAGAAGGGCGAGGAGAGAUCUCGAGACUGCAACAUCUGCGACGCCACGGAUCCCAAGAAGUCCCAUCCACCCGCUUAUCUGACAGAUCUCAACAACCCUCACAACCUCACGUGCUGGCAGUCGGAGAACUACGUGCAGUAUCCCCAAAAUGUCACCCUGACGCUGUCCCUCGGUAAGAAAUUUGAGGUGACUUACGUGAGCUUGCAAUUCUGCUCGCCUCGGCCCGAAUCCAUGGCCAUAUUCAAGUCUAUGGAUUACGGGAAAACUUGGGUCCCCUUCCAGUUCUAUUCGACCCAGUGUAAGAAAAUGUACAACAAGCCCAGCAAGGCGGCAAUAACGAAGCAGAACGAACAGGAGGCCAUCUGCACGGAUUCGCAUACAGAUAUGCAACCGCUGACAGGUGGGCUCAUUGCGUUCAGCACCUUGGAUGGCAGACCGUCGGCGCACGACUUUGACAACUCUCCUGUCCUGCAGGACUGGGUCACGGCCACCGAUAUCAAGGUGACGUUCAAUCGGCUCCAUACUUUCGGGGACGAAAACGAGGACGACUCGGAGCUCGCCCGGGACUCGUACUUUUACGCGGUGUCGGACCUGCAAGUCGGUGGUCGGUGUAAGUGUAACGGCCACGCGUCGAAGUGCGUGAAGGACCGGGAUGAUAACCUGGUGUGUGAGUGCAAGCAUAACACGGCGGGACCGGAGUGCGACAGGUGCAAACCUUUUCAUUACGAUCGGCCAUGGCAACGAGCGACGGCCAGAGAGGCGAACGAGUGCGUCGCCUGUCACUGUAACCUUCACGCCCGUCGCUGUCGCUUCAACAUGGAGUUAUAUAAGCUAUCAGGGCGAAGAAGUGGAGGUGUGUGUCUCAACUGCAGACAUAAUACUGCCGGACGUCACUGCCAUUACUGUAAAGAAGGCUACUACAGAGACAUGACCAAAGCCAUCUCACAUAGACGGGCAUGCAAAGCCUGCGAUUGCCAUCCAGUCGGAGCAGCCGGUAAAACCUGUAACCAGACAACCGGGCAAUGCCCGUGCAAAGACGGCGUGACUGGCAUCACCUGCAACCGCUGCGCUAAAGGCUACCAGCAGAGCCGCUCGCCCAUCGCCCCUUGUAUCAAAAUUCCCAUUGCGGUACCUACAGCGACCUACAGCAGUCCAGAAGAACCCACAGACUGUGACUCGCACUGCAAGACCACCAAGGGCAAAAUGAAGGUCACCAUGAAAAAAUACUGCAAAAAAGAUUUCGCGGUCCAGGUUCACGUGCUGAAAGGAGACAAGGCAGGAGAAUGGUUGAAAUACACCAUCAACAUCAUAUCUGUGUAUAAGCAGGGUGGAAACCGCAUCCGCAGAGGAGACCAGCUCCUGUGGGUUCGUGCUAAAGAUGUGGCGUGCAAGUGCCCGAAAAUCAAACACGGCAGGAAGUACCUGCUCAUGGGCUCGGAUGAUGAAGACUCCCGCAGUCAAAGCGGCGUGGUGGCGGACAAAACCAGCCUGCUCGUUCCCUGGAAAGACCUGUGGGCUCGUCGGCUCAGAAAAUUCCAGCAGCGCGACAAAAGAGGAAAAUGCUAAAGGAAAAACGAGAGAGAUUAAAAACAGGAGAGAAAAUAUUGACCCCAGGCACCUACAUGUUGUAUGGUUGUUUGAUGUGAACUGCGCUGGAGGACAACCCGUUCUGCAGUUUUGCCUUCCGUUGUUUAUCGUUUUUCCCAUCAAGAUUUUAUUUUUUCAUAUCUUCAAUUUUGCAGAAUUUGCACCUACUUUUAAGUAUACAUGUAUGUAAAGUGGUUUAUGUGUGAACCGUACUGGUGUCUCUGUGAUUUCUGUCUUUCACGAAGGAUGAAAACGAAAAAAAAAGCUACUGAGUCAGUUUAUCUGUGUGAAAGCGCAAUGUCGGUGUGUUGGCUUAUAAGAUGGUCUGAAUAUUUCAAAGCUCACCUUACAUGCAGUGGGGUCCGAAAGUCUGAGACCACUCGUGAUGACAAUGCUACAAUUUUUCCUAUUAAUAAUACUAGUAACAUUUUGAAUAAGUUAAAAGCAAGUUAGCAAGAUUUGUUGGUUAAACAAAAAAAAAAAUAGUUACCUGGUUGCUUAUAAUUUUGAGUUAAUUUAACUUAAAAUAUUAGUUCAAAAAAAGUUGAGUUAAAAAUUGAAGGCAACCAGGUAACUUACUUUUAUAAGUUAAACCAAUUUUUUUUAAACUAUAUAUGCGUACUGCAGAUAAGUUUGUUCAACUUUUGCUAGAAUUUGUGCAAACCUGAUAAUCCAUGAUCUCUGCAAAUCUGAAAAGAAGAUAAAAGUAGUUUAACUUUUGGACCCCGCUGUAUGAUGUCUAGUUUCAGUAGGCCUGUAUAACAACUAAUCGCAACUAAUCAU